GAUCUUAUCUGUCAAUCGCAACGAAAAAGUAGAUAAUUCUCUUCGAUCAGAAGCCUCACAAAUUUGCCCAAAACCUCACAACUCUUCAGAAAAGACAAAAAAAAGGGCCCCAGUUCCCACCAUAAACCCCUCGAGGCGCCGCCAUGCAAGCCACUCUAGGAGCCCAGGCCCCGCGCGCUGCCCUGAUUCUCUCCGACUAUGGGCAUCGCAGUCGCCACCCAAGUAGUCACCGCACCUCCUCUCUCCGAGCGUCUUUUUCCUCCCCAGCUCCACCAUCUGUCACCGUGGACUCUUCACCCCCACUCCCCACCACCCAAACCCUCAAGCUCAACAAGUAUAGCUCCCGCGUCACGGAGCCCACGUCCCAGGGUGGGUCUCAGGCGAUCCUCCAUGGUGUGGGCCUCUCCGAGGAUGACCUGUCGAAGCCCCAGAUUGGCAUCUCGUCCGUCUGGUACGAGGGAAACACCUGCAACAUGCAUCUACUUAGGCUCUCCGAGGCCGUCAAGGAAGGCGUCCGAGAGGCCGGCAUGGUUGGCUUCAGGUUCAACACCGUUGGGGUCAGUGAUGCUAUAUCUAUGGGGACCAGAGGCAUGUGCUAUAGCCUGCAGUCGAGGGACCUCAUCGCUGACAGCAUUGAGACAGUGAUGAGUGCCCAGUGGUACGAUGGGAACAUAUCUAUUCCUGGUUGUGACAAGAAUAUGCCAGGCACAAUUAUGGCAAUGGGCCGGCUUAAUCGACCAAGUAUUAUGGUUUAUGGUGGAACUAUCAAGCCAGGUCAUUUUCAAGGCCAUUCUUAUGAUAUAGUGUCUGCCUUCCAGUGUUAUGGAGAACUUGUGAGUGGAUCCAUAAGUAAUGAGCAAAGGAAGAUAGUAGUCCAUAACUCAUGCCCUGGGGCAGGGGCUUGUGGUGGAAUGUAUACAGCCAAUACCAUGGCUUCUGCUAUUGAAGCUAUGGGAAUGACUCUGCCCUACAGCUCUUCGACACCCGCUGAAGAACCAUUGAAGUUGGAUGAGUGCCGUUUAGCAGGAAAAUAUCUUUUGGAAUUACUAAAGAUGGACUUGAAACCACGAGAUAUUAUCACUCCAAAAUCCAUACGGAAUGCCAUGGUUAUUGUUAUGGCACUAGGUGGCUCUACAAAUGCUGUGUUACACUUGAUUGCUAUUGCAAGGUCUGUUGGUCUGGAAUUAACACUCGAUGAUUUUCAGACUGUCAGCGACGAGGUUCCAUUCCUCGCAGAUCUUAAGCCUAGUGGCAAAUAUGUCAUGGAGGAUGUACACAAGAUUGGAGGAACGCCUGCUGUCAUUCGCUACCUUUUGGAGCUUAAUUUUCUAGACGGGGAUUGUAUGACUGUCACUGGGAAGACAUUGGCUGAAAAUGCAGCAAGUUUCCCUCCCUUGGCCAGAGGACAGGAUGUUAUACGACCGUUGGGAAACCCAAUAAAGAAAACAGGCCACCUCCAGAUAUUAUAUGGAAAUAUUGCACCAAAUGGUUCUGUAGCAAAAAUCACUGGAAAAGAGGGGCUAUAUUUCUCUGGUCCUGCACUUGUCUUUGAAGGAGAGGAAUCAAUGAUUGCAGCUAUCUCAGAGGAUCCUUUGAGGUUUAAGGGAAGGGUAGUCAUUAUCCAAGGAGAGGGGCCUAAGGGAGGACCAGGCAUGCCCGAAAUGUUAACUCCAACAAGUGCAAUAAUGGGAGCAGGUCUUGGAAAGGAUGUAGCUUUGUUGACCGAUGGUAGGUUUUCAGGAGCUUCGCAUGGAUUUGUUGUUGGCCACAUAUGCCCUGAGGCACAGGAAGGUGGUCCAAUUGGUUUGAUUGAGAAUGGAGAUAUCAUCAAUGUUGAUGUUCAGAAGAGGAGAAUAGAUGUUCAGAUAUCAAAUGAGGAGAUGGAACAGCGAAGACAGAAAUGGACUCCGGCUUUGUACAAGGCAAACAGAGGAGUUCUUUACAAGUUUGCACACGCAUUAAUGUGCCCACCCCGUUAAGUUCCUGAGCUCGUUCUUGCCGAUGCACUGAUGCAGUUGAUGCAUUGACGGAUGAGUAAAUUGCUCUGCUGAUCUGAACACAACCUACACCCGAAACUCACUAUCAAGAGUGGCCAUUGUUGGAGACAUUUUAUUCUCCCUCCCCUGGGUUACAUAGUUAUGAGCAGCUGGAAGCCUCCCAUCUCAAGUUUUCUUAUUGUAGAUGGUGCUAUGUUCUUUAAUCAACACAAGGUAGAACUGGGUGCUAUCCUUAGAGAUGAGAAAGGCGAAGUUAUCAUGGCUGUUAGCAAAGCUAAAGAGGAAGUUGCUGACCCAAAAACAAUUGAACUCCUUGCCAUGUUUAGGGGACUUCAAUUCUGUGUUCACUUUAGUAUCUCGAAGAUUAUUCUUGAAAGUGAAUGUUUAAUGAUGAUUAAAGAACUACAAAUAGCACUUUCUUCUUUAUCUU